UUAAACUCAAAUACUUUGCUACCUCCUCUGCAGCUGCCAGACCUGCUCCUGCUCUUGCCCAGGGAAAGACUGACAAGAUGAUGAGCUCAAGCUAUUUGAACGAAACCAGCAGCAGCUGUGGAAACCAACAGGCCUCUGAGGUGUUACAGUACCAGCCCCAGCAUUACCAUUGCCACCAUCAGUCAAGCCAAGCCGAACAGCCUCUAGAAAAAAAUGUAGUCUAUGAACGCGUGAGGACCUACAGUGGGCCCAUGAACAAGGUAGUGCAAGCCUUGGACCCCAUCAGCUCACAGGAAGUGCUCUCCCCCAUCAAAACUGCCUCUUCCUACCAAAACUUGGCUUGGAGCAACCAUUCCCAGGAACUCCAUUCUCCAACUCUGAAAAUAUCAACUUGUGUCCCAAACAACUUAUAUAUAACACAAAAUACUGACCAGGAACUCCAUUCUCCAAUGGUGAAAGUCAUUACAUAUCCACAAACCAAUAUUAGGAGAUACAUAGUACAAAAUGCUGAGCAGGAACCUCUGUCUCCAUUUAUGAGAGGAAACCAUUUCUUCCCAGGAAAUAAUGUUAUUUAUGAAAAAACAAUAAGAAAAGUGGAAAAGCUAAACACAGAUCAAGAAUGCUGUCCUCAGGUUCAUUGUCUUCAUCACAUUAUCCAACAUCCCCCGAUCACCCACUCUUCACACUGUCAACAAUUCCAUUGUAACCAGCAAAUCAAAAGCAUUACAGCAAGUGACUCAACUUCUACAAAUGUUGGAAAUGAAACUUGCCAUGAGGGAUCAAGCCAGAUACAUGAGCAGAUUAUAAUUCAGGAUGAUGGCCCUGAAAAAUUGGACCCCAAGUAUUUUGGAGAGUUGCUUGCUGACCUAAGUCGUAAGAAUAAUGAUCUGUAUCACUGCUUAUUGGAACAUUUGCAGAGAAUUGGAGGAAGCAAACAGGAAUUUGAGUCUACUGAUACAUCAGAAGACAUUGAAUCACUGAUUCCUAAAGGAUUGUCAGAAUUUACAAAACAGCAAAUUCGCUAUAUUCUGCAGAUGAGGAAUAUAUCUGAUAAGUCACUCCAGCUAAUACUAUCAACAUUCAGUAACAUAAGGGAGGAGCUUGGACAUCUUCAAAAUGACUUGACAUCACUGGAAAAUGACAAGAUAAGACUUGAGAAGGACUUGGCAUUCAAAGAAUCUCAAAUAAAAGAGUAUGAAGAACUUUUAGCAUCAGUGAGAGCAAAUAAUCGCCAGCAACAACAAGGACUUCAAGAUUCAAACUCAAAAUGCCAGGCAUUGGAAGAAAAUAAUCUUUCUCUACGACAUACACUGUCAGAUAUGGAAUACAAAUUAAAAGAAAUGGAGUAUUAUAAAUGCAAUUUAGAACAAGAGAAUAAAAAUCUUAGAUUUCAGGUUUCUGAGACUUGCACAGGCCCAAUGUUGCAAGCUAAAAUGGAUGAAAUUGGUAAACACUACAUGGAGAUGGUCAAAAACUUGAGACUAGAGAAAGACAGAGAGAUCUGCAAGUUAAGGUCCCAAUUAAACCAAUACCAAAAAGAUGUUUCAAGAAGAGAAGGAAGCUGUAGUGACUUCCAGUUCAAGCUUCAUGAACUGACAAGCUUGCUGGAAGAGAAGGAUUCUCUCAUAAAGCGUCAGUCAGAGGAACUCUCAAAGUUGAGACAAGAAAUAUACUCAUCUCAUAACCAAACCUCCAGUGGUGGAAGGACUACUAUUACCACCAAAAAGUACAGGACACAGUAUCCAAUCCUAGGCCUCCUGUAUGAUGACUAUGAAUAUAUACCACCAGGCAAUGACACACAGACAAUUGUGAUUGAGAAAACAGAAGACAAAUGGACUUGUCCAUGAAUGGAACCACUUUAAACUUUCACAACUCAGAGGUGGCUUUCUCUGUCUACAUUUUGUAUUUUAAUUAUUAAUUUUUCUGUUGAUAAAGGCUAAUCAGAUUUUUUAACCAUACCAGUACUCAAUGAAUCAAAUGGAAUGACUAAAUUCGGCAGAUGAGUUGUUCCAGUUUAUGAGAACUGAAUCUUUUCUGCAACACUUAUGUAUUUAGUAUACAUACAAACCAAAAGAGUAACCUGCUUGCUUAAACUUUGAUUGGAGACACUGUAGAAUAUAACCCACAAUUUUUCACAUAGGUUGCUUUCUAGGUAUUGAACUAAGUUAUAGAAGAUAGAGACUAUAUGUUAUUCAGUUGGGAGAUUUUCUUUGAUGUGAGAUGUGCAAUUCUGCUGCAGAAUUUAAUAGUUUUAACAAAAAGGUAAAAAGCAAUUGAAAAAGUAGUUCAGUGCACUACAUAUAUAGUCUAAAUUUGUUUUUCUCAUAUUAAGCCUAUGACUAAAAGAAGAUAUUUUGUUGCAUGUGGUUUACAGCUCUUGAAAAUGUAACUGUAUCAAAGGUGAUAGUUAAUUUCACUUAGCAGGGAAGUGGGAUAUCUUUUUAAAUAACUAAAUCCACUAAAUUGUACAUUAUGCUACCUGGUUCUAAGUACAUAUCAGCCCCUUGGCAAAUCUGUCAUUUCAUAGCACACUUGCUCCCAAAUUAGUCCACUCACAUCCUUAAAAGCACGUAACAUUAUAUUGUAGUAUUGGACAGAAAUAAGGUAGACUUUUUCAUAGUGUUAUACAAAUAUAACACUGAAAUACUGUAUAAAUAUAAAGGCUUACUGAAUAAAUACAGCAACAACACAUAUUUGAUAGCUGUAUCAAAUUUGAAAGAAAUAUUUUAUAAUAUUUAAUGUACUCAGAAUUUUACCAAAUGGGCUGUAUUACUGUAUGGAGUAAAUAGAAAUAUUUCUUAAAUAUAUUACAAGGAUGAAACUUUUAAAAAUUUCUUCCUGUGGCAAUUGAGAAGUCAGCACAUUGCUGAAUCAUUUGAGCUAUGGAUAGGAAUAGAUGCUUAUGGAAAAGUCCCUAGCCUACCUAACCUUUUUUAAAAAUGCAUACAAAAUUUAGUAGUCCAGAGUACUAUAUUUUUUUUGUCUUUUUGUUUUUUAUCGGUACCAGGGAUCGAACUCACGACUGCCUGCUUGUAAAGCAGGCACUUAUGCCACUGAGCUAAAUCUCCAGCCCCCAGAGUACCAUAUUUUAAAAAUACAUGUUUGUUUCCAAUUUGUGAUUGAGAUCAAUAGAAAAGUAAUGCUGUCUUUUCCUCUUACCAGUUUAAGGCAGCUUAUGUAUGAAAACUGCAAAGAUAUCAAAUGAGGAAAGCUUGUUUACCUAACUUCUAUCUUGGUGUUUUCACUUCAAACUUGUCAAAUAAAAUGGAGACAAUAAUGAUAUGCAAAAUAAUUUGUUUAUGUGUCUAAAUACAUUAAAUAUCUGCAUGGUUUUUGUAGAAGCUGAGGCAGCAAGUAUACAGAUGAAUUUUGAAUUUUGCUUUCUAUUUUCCUAAGUUACUAUCAUGUGAGUAUUUAUUUUGUAACAAGCACCACUGUAAUAAAACAUUUAAAACAAA